CAAAAGGAAGUUUUUUGUUCAAGCUGGCUGUAAUUUUUAAAAAAUAUUGCAUUUUUUUUUUUUUUUGCUAUUUAUUGAGCAAAGUGAUGAAUUUUUAUAUCGGAUUAUUGUAAAUUAAUUAAAUUUAUCAAUUUGUAUUAAAUUUUCUUUUAAUUAGGUACCAUGACUGCUACAAGCGUAGAAAACAUGAUCACACCAGGUCAUUAUUUAAUUAUUAACAAAAACGAAACGUAUUUAAUUCAUCAGAUAUCCAACAAAGCAAUACUGAAGUUAGGUCGCGAUGUUAUUGAUCUUAAAAUGGCUAUUGGACAAUCAUAUUCAUCCACUUAUAAACUUGAACCAGUGACAGACAAAAAGAGACACUACACUUUAGUAGUGUGUAAUGAUAAUCAGGCACGUAACCAAUGGGCAACAAAUGGAUGUGGUACAGAUAAUAAACUCAUAACAGACGAUAGCUCUUCCCAAUUGUUAAGUACUGAUGAAAUAAUAGCAUUGAAAGAAAGUGGUGAAACAGGACAAAAUAUUGUUGAACGGUUAUUGAAAAAUAGCAAAACAUUUCAAUUAAAAACUGAAUAUGCUCAAGAGAAGUACUUAAAAAAAAAAGCCAGGAAAUACUGUGACUAUAUAACUAUAUUUAAACCAACAAUACGACUUAUUACUGAUGUGUUGUACAAACAACAAACUAUUCCAAAAACUAUAGCUCUAAGGUUUGAUACUUUAGCUCAAAUUUUAUGCCGUAUUAAUUUAGAUCCUGGUGGCAAGUAUUUGCUUUAUGAAAAUGGUAGUCAAGGGUUAUUACAAGCAGCACUUCUUAACCAACUGCAUGAUAAUGGCUCCUUAGUGCAUAUAUUCUCUUCAACAUCUGAACAAAAUCCAUUAAAAGCAGUAAAAGCUAUGAACUUCUCUGAAUCUAAAAUUAAACAAAUGUUAACAGUAAGUUUAGAUGAAAUAUUAAAUACAAAAAGUGAAUAUGAUAUUCCAGAAGAAAAAGUCGAGGAAGUUGUAUUUAAUUGUUCAGACGAUAAGAAAAGAAAAAGUGAUGAAGCUUAUACACAGUUAAAGAAAAAACAUCGGCCAAUAACUAGUACAGAUGGUUUAAAUUUUAUACAAUCAAAUAAAUUUGAUGGUCUUAUUGUAGUAUGCAGAGAAGAACCAAAUGAGUUUGUUAAAAUUCUUUUACCGUACUUAUCUUUAUCAAGACCUUUUGUUGUUUAUUCAGCAUACAAAGAAAUAUUAGUUACUAUGUAUGCUGAAUUCAAAAUGAGAAGGGAUUUAGUAUUUCUUCGACUAACUGAUAAUUUUCUGAGACAUCAUCAAGUACUUCCAAAUAGAACACAUCCUGAUGUUACAAUGGAUGACGGAAGUGGUUAUUUGUUUUCAGGACUAUUUGUUACAGGUACUUCAUAAAAUAAUUGUGAAUCAUGUCAUAUAAUGUAAUCAUUAAAUGUUAUUUUUCUAUCAAACAUUGAUUAAUUUAUUUAACAUCCAUUAUUUCCUAAUAAAACUAAAAAAAAAAAUGAAGUAACUAUAGUAUAUAAUAUUGUAGCUAUAGCUACAAGAUAUCUUAAUAUUAAAAUAUUGUUUAUUAUAAAUAAUAAAAAAAAAGCUUGACUAUUCGUUUAUGUUAUCAUGAUCAUUUUUAAAAAAUAUAUAGGCAUACACAUAUCUAAUAUAUAAUAAAUUAAUAUAAUAUCUAUGGAUUAGAAUAAAAUUGUAAUUGACAUAAAUCACUAGGUAUAACAUAAACUAAAAUAUCCUGGUUUAUGCUUUAAAACUUGUUGGUUAAUAUGUUUUAAAAUAAAGUGUAUAUUAAAAAAAUGAAUUAUAUUCACUCUAAUAUGAAACUUAGUUUCCUUUUGAUAGUUAUUUGUCAAACAUAUGAAUAUUCAUUAACUGCAGAUUCAGAAGAAAAUUAUAUUUGUGGAUUCUCAAAAAAACAAAUACAAGAUACAUUGUUAUAUGCAAAAAAAUAUCCAACCAAAGGUAUUGCUUUAAAUUAUGCAUGUUUAAAAGAACAAAAUAUUGGAAAUGAUCGAUGCUUAACAGAACAGUACAAAUUAAUUGAAUGUCUUCGGAAAGAAUGCUUUUUAACUAAUGGUAAGAAUACAUAUUUAUUUUAUUUUUUAUACCUAUGUAUUCAUUAAAUAUUAAAUAAUGAUAGGUAGAUAUUUUCAAUAAUAUAAUACUAAUUAAUUAUUAGUAUAUAUUAUAUUAUACGCAUAACAAAACUUAUACAAUUUAUAGAACAAGGAAAUGAAAUAACCAAAGGAACUAAUAUACCUAAAGAUCAAAUACUUAAAAAUCAAGAAAUUAAAAAACGUUAUCAAGAAAGUAUUGUUAAAGGAAAUGAAGAAUUGGAUAAUGCAGUUAAAUACUAUGAAGAAACAAUGCUGGAACAUUUGCAAUCUAUUGAUAAUUUAAUGAAAAAAAGAAUUUACGUUGAUGAUAUUAAUAUAGCAUUGACCAAUCUCAAAAUUGAACUAACUGCAGCAAUAAGACGACAAAUGUUAAAUAUUAAUAUUGAUCAAAACUUAAAUUUAUUAUAUUAAUCAUAUUGGCAUAACUAAUACAGCUCAAUGUAGGGGCAUGAAAUUAAAUGAUGAUAUGUUAUAACUAC